AGAAUAAUAUAUUAGUAUAUUUUAAUAAACAAAAGUUAUUUAUACAAUGGAUGAUCUUUUGCUUGAUCCAGCUAUCCGUAUAUGGGUUAUAGUACCUAUUGUCCUCAUCACAUUUCUUGUUGGUGUAGUCAGGCAUCAUGUCUCCAUACUACUGACAUCACAUAAAAAGAUAGAUGUAGAGCAUUUAAAACAAAGUCACAUUCUAUUACGAAGUCGAAUGCUGCGUGAGCAUGGAAAAUAUAUUCCAAUUGAGUCAUUUCUUAUGCGUAAGCAAUUUUUUAAUGACAAAGAAAAUGGAAUAUUGAAAGAAGAAAAACCUAAAGCACCUGUUAAAAAUCCAAUGCAAGAUCCCACAAUGAUGAUGGACAUGAUGAAAGGAAACUUGACAAAUGUGCUUCCAAUGAUUGUUAUUGGGGGAUGGAUCAAUUGGACAUUCUCUGGGUUUAUUACAACAAAAGUGCCAUUUCCUUUGACACUUCGUUUUAAAGCAAUGUUGCAACGUGGGAUUGAAUUAACAAGUCUAGAUGCAUCAUGGGUUAGCUCAGUAUCUUGGUAUUUUCUUAAUGUAUUUGGUCUACGUAGCUUUUAUUCUCUUAUUUUGGGACAAGAUAAUGCGGCUGAUUCAAGUCGCGUAAUGCAAGAACAGAUGGCUAGUGGUGGAGGAAUGAUGGGACCGCAGCAAGAUCCUGGAAAAUCUUUUGAA